AUGGAUUUACUUACAAGUUUGUAUGACAUUCAAGAUUUAAAUAAUGAUCCAACAGUUUUACAGCUAGAUGAAGUAGUGGAUCUCGAUUACCUAAGCAGAAUUUCUUAUACAGAGCUAUUAGAGGAAAGUUAUAACGGCGUAUUUUUUAUCCCAACAAUUAAUCAUCACAACAACAAUUGUUGUCUAUCAUCACCUGAUGAUACAUUCUACAAUCUUAAAUUAAAUGGGGAUGAUCAUCAACCACAUUUUCCUUUCUUUGACCCUUUUGACGAUAUUGAUAACAACAACAAUAAUGCUUCAUUCGCCCCAUCAAUGUACGAUGUGACAGACAUGACAAGAACUUUUUCAAGCGAAAGUGGUGGAAGCUGUCCCGAUCUUACCAAUUGUAGUCACCCUAGCAUAUGCACAACUCCUUUAAUUUCAUCACCACAAGAUCAAUCGCCCAUAAUGACAAGUCAACUACUUAUUAAUCAUCUUCAUCAUCAUGAUAAUAGUAGUAGUAACAAUGUUAGUUUCUGUUCUUCAAUAUCUUCUUCUUCUUCAUCUCCCACACUAUCAUCAUCUUUAAUGUCAAUUCCGCCAGUAAUAAUUACUUCUCCACCUUUAACAACCAUAUCACCAAUUUCUAUAUCAACAAAUCAUAAUAUCUGUUCUUCCACUUCUUCUGACAUUAAUGAUGAUGUCGCUCCUACGCCUAAACGGCGCGGUAGAGCAAAGGGAUCACGUAAAAUAAAAAAUGAUGAUGAUUUAAUGCUAGGAAUCCUCACAAAAUCAAGAGGUAGGAGAAUGAACAACAAUAACUUAAAGAUCACAAAACCUGGAACUAAAACUUUCGAGUGUACUUAUUCUGGUUGUGGGAGAGUCUUCAAAAGAUCAGAGCACCUUAAAAGGCAUAUCAGAUCAAUUCACACAUUAGAACGACGUAAGUUCUCCAGAUCUGAUAAUUUAACACAACAUAUUCGCGUUCAUAGACCAAAUGGUAAAGAAAAGAAUACAAAUCAAAAAAUCUUUAAUAAUUUCACACCCUACUUAAAGACCUAUCAAGAAACAACUUCUUCCCCAACUUCGCCAUCACCAAAUCCAUCCUCAUUACAUAAUAAUUAA